AAUGGAAUGUGAAAUUACUUAGUACCAUUAGUGAAAACAUUGUGAAAAUAGUUGUUAAUGAAGUUGUACAGAAUCUAAGAACAGCCCAAGAGAAACAGCAAAAGCAUAGAUCACGUAUUUGUUAUAUGUGUCAUUGUAAAGGUUACUUGGUUUAUUCAUGUCUAUUCCAGAAAAAUCAAGUUCGAGAUCGAUAUUUGAAUAAUGACUGUAUAGAAGUACAUUUCAUAGAAUUUAGCAGUGAGAAUUAUGGAG